AUCAUUGAAAUUAUUUGAAAUUACAGAUUAAAAAUGGCUGCCAGUCUAAGCGGAGUUGUUAACAAGUUCUAUGAUGAGUACGCGAAUAAUACGCCCAAGAAACUCAAGAUUAUCGAUGCGUACCUUGUCUACGUCUUCUUCACCGGGGUGUUCCAGUUUGUGUACUGCUGUCUCGUGGGAACCUUUCCCUUCAACGCAUUCCUCAGCGGAUUCAUCUCAUGCGUUGCAUCAUUUGUCCUGGGAGUUUGCCUUCGGCUCCAGGUAAACCCGGCAAACAAAGUACAGUUUGGUUCAAUAUCAGCUGAACGUGGAUUCGCGGAUUUUAUCUUUGCUCACGUCAUCCUUCAUCUCAUCGUCGUCAACUUCCUGGGCUAGAGAUAGGAAGAUGGGACAACUCCGCAUAUUUUGCAUUUAUUGUUUUGUUUUAUUGAAAUAAUUAAGUUUUUCAGUUUUCAAGUUUGA